GAACGAGAGUCGCAGAGGCAGAAGGUCCAAAGCACCUCGGAUGACGAACGCAACGACAGAGAGGAGCCGCCGGAUGAGGAGUCGGAGUAUCAGCCGAGUGACGAGGGCUCGGACUGCGGCACCGACGGCGUAGUGAAGAACCGGCGGAAGGUAAAGGCGAGAAGAGGCAACCCGAAGUCGGCCAGCCGACGUCGAG